AUGUAAAAUAUUGAAUGCUAUUAUUUUUAUUACUGAAAUAAUUCAUUUUUGUUAACUAACUAAACUUAUUUCCUGUAGUUCAUCAGAUUCAGGUGGAGGAAACAUAAAACCCUCAAUAACACAAACUAUUCAGGAAAAACCAGUUUACUUGAAAAACAUUUCUCUGCUGACAUUGACACUAUGCAAAUUGAAUGACUGGCAACAAUCCCCUUGGAAAUAAGAGGUUUAAGCACACAAGGAAGUACCUGUGGUCGGCAGCAAAGAGAGUAAAGUCCGUGAGAUCAGACCAGGAAAGGAUUCCUGUGGAGCCAUUUCCUUAUGAAGAGCUGCGUUGUUUUAUCCUGGACUUGUUGAAGUGUCACUAAAAGUUGGUUCAGAAAAAUGGCCAUGGAGAUACAGAGACAGGACUCAGGGGUGUGGGACGACUCUGAAGAUAAUGGUUCUCCUGGUGACCGGCAGUCUCUGAGGCUACGAAGGGUUUCAUCUCAAGUGACCCAGAAGAAUUACCCUCAGUUCAGCUGGAGCGUGACCCCCACAGAGACGGACAGGGAGGGACCCCGGGGGUCACAGCGGGACAUCAGGACCUUACCCAUGCCGAUGGCCCUGAAAAGGGCUGUGAGGCAGGUGCAGCAGAUGCAGGUUCCUGUAGUUUCCAGGAUGGAUUCAUGGAAACGGAAAAAGACCAAAGUUCUACUAAAACUUAAAGACGAUGCCAUGGAAAUCCUCAGUUUUUUCACUCUUUGGAACAAGUCCCUGCAAAUGAUUGGAGGAAACUUCGGGGGUGGUGUCCAGUCUUACUUUCUCUUCCUCAGGUUUUUGGUGAUUCUCAAUUUUAUUUCCUUCCUGCUGAUUGCCGGAUUUGUCCUCAUCCCCAGCAUAGUCUUCAGCUCUGUUGGGACCAGCUUUCUUGUUCUUAACAGCACAGGUCUAGAGAACUGCACAAAGUAUGACCCUAAUCCUCAAGGCUUGGUGGCGUUCUAUAAGUACUUGCUUGAUGUAGUUUCAGGAACGGGUUUUAUGGAGUAUUCAUACCUGUUCUAUGGCUACUACAACAACACGGUGGUGGAGGACAGUGACUUCUCCUACAACAUCCCUCUGGCCUACGUCUUCACUGCUGUAUUUUACUUUGCCUUCUGCCUUAUUUGUAUCAUAGCACGCAUGGGGACGGCAGCCCGGGUUGCCGUGGCAACGGGAGGCAGUACUGUGAGCAACUACAGUAUCACAGUGUUUACUGCCUGGAACUAUGGUUGCCUGGGAGACACGGCUACAACACUGCAGCAGAAAAACCUCCACUACCAGCUACAGGUGGAUCUGGAGGAGGAGAGGAUAAAAAAACAGGCAGCUGCUCUAACUUCAAAAGAAAAAGUUGUUUUAUACUCUGUGCGUGUUCUUAUGGGGUUUCUGGCCCUGGGGCUUAUUAUAGCAGCCUUCUACUGCAUCUUCCUGGCCACUAACUUCAGCCAACAAAAAAGUGGAACGUCAGGGAUCCAGGGUUUAAUUUGGGAUUAUCUGCCAUCCAUUGUUAUCACCGCUGCAAACUUUAUGGUGCCUCUGCUGUGUGACCAGAUUGCUGUGAUAGAGCGAUAUGCACCCAGCACUACUGUCAUAGUGGCACUGUUAAGGGCGGUUUUCCUGCGUCUGGUGAGUCUAGGUGUUCUGCUCUUCACCCUGUGGAGUCAAAUAACCUGCGACGGCGACACAAACACUGGCGAUUGUAAAUUGUGUCAAUAUAACCACAACUUAUACCCGUGCUGGGAAACACGUAUAGGGCAGGAGAUGUACAAGCUGACGCUGUUUGACCUCCUCACCAACAUUGCCGUUCUUCUCCUGGUGGAGUUUCCACGCAGGAUUGUGGUGGACCACUGGUCCAGUAAGUUGGCCCGGUGGGUGGGUCGGCAGGAGUUUGAGGUGCCUCUCAAUGUCCUGGGGCUGGUUUACGGUCAGACUGUGGUUUGGACGGGUGCUCUGUUUUGCCCCCUGCUUCCAGCGAUCAAUACCAUCAAGUUCAUCAUCCUGUUCUACUGCAAGAAGGCCACACUCUUCCAUAACUGUCGACCAGCGCAGAAGACGUUUCGCUCCACCACCUCCUCCUUCUUCUUCCUGAUGGUGCUUCUGUUUGGCUGGAGUUUGGCCACGCUUGUCCUGAUUUACAGCCUGUCUGAAAUUCAGCCUUCCUUGGGCUGUGGUCCUUUUAGUUUUUUCCCCAGCAUGUGGUCAGUUGUUGCAAAUACUUUCUACAAGCUCCCAACUGUUACACGGGAGUUUCUGUUCUUCAUCGGAUCCCAGGCGUUCUCUAUCCCCCUGUUUGUGUUAUCUUGUGUUGUGAUGUGCUAUUUCGCAGCCUUAUUCUCUGUCCAUGGGAAAAAUGUAGCUCUGCUAAGAGCUCAGCUUAAACUGGAGGGACGUGACAAGCAGUUCUUGGUCAAACAAAUAGUGGAGCUAAGUCGGCGGCUUCAGACUCUACAUCACAGCGCAGGAGAAGAAGAGUCAAUAUAACAGUGCUCAGCAUUUACGUCUGCCUUCAUCUCCAUUGAUGUGAAGCAGCAUAAAGACACAAAAGACUGUACAUAUAGUAUCAUGUUGACUGGGUUUGAGCAGGCAACAAGCUUAUUAAAUGAUGUAAAAUAAAAAAAUAAAAGCUGAUUCUUUUGAA